AUGAUUGAUGUGACUGAGUUUCGGUACUUUAAGGUUUUGGGUAAGGGUGUUCUUCCCCCGAGUCAGCUAGUUGUGGUGAAAGCCAAGCUCGUGUCGAAGAUUGCUGAGGACAAGAACAUGGAACAAAAACUCCAGUACUGUAUUUAUUUUCCGCUCUGUAAAUACAGAGAAGGAAUCGACAAUUUGCUUGUGCUACUCAUUGGAGGUAUCCCAACUGCCAUGUCAACAGUUUUGUCUGUAACAACAGAUAUUGGAUCUCAUCAGCUAUCCCAGAAAGGUACUAUCACCAACAGAAUAACUGCCAUUGAGGAAAUGGCCAGAAUGGAUGUUCUCUGCAGUGAUAAGACUGGAAUCCUUACCAUCAAUAAGCUCAGUUGA